GCAUGCUGUUCCUCCUUCCCUGCCUGCAAGAUGGGGAAUAGUUUCUCCAAUUUGGCCGCCUUCCAGUCCUUGCACAUAGUCAUGCUCGGGUUGGACUCUGCAGGCAAAACCACCGUGCUCUACCGGCUGAAAUUCAACGAGUUCGUCAACACUGUCCCCACCAUCGGUUUCAACACGGAGAGGAUCCGGCUGGGCGGCGCGGGGGCCUCCAGGGGCAUCAGCUGCCACUUUUGGGACGUCGGGGGCCAGGAGAAGCUGCGGCCCCUGUGGAAACCCUACAGCCGCUGCACAGAUGGGAUCGUGUACGUGGUGGACUCCGUGGACGCAGAGAGGCUGGAGGAGGCCCGCACCGAGCUGCACAAGAUCACCCGGUUCUCAGAGAACCAAGGGACGCCGCUGCUGGUCAUCGCCAACAAGCAGGACCUGCCCCGGGCGCUGGAUGUCGGGGAGAUUGAGAGGCAGCUGGCUCUGGCCGAGCUGAGUCCCUCCACCCCGUACCACGUCCAGCCGGCCUGCGCCAUCAUAGGAGAGGGGCUGGAUGAGGGCAUGGACAAGCUGUAUGAGAUGAUAGUGAAGAGGAGGAAGUCACUGAAGCAGAAGAAGAAGAGGCAGUGA